GCUUUGGUACCGUCCGGCCCUGUCACGUGGGCGUCAAGAUGGCGGCCCCCAAAGCGCUUUAGGAGCGUCGCGGGUGGUGGCAGCGGCGGGAGCAGGCCGGUCCGGUUCUUGAGCCCACGAGUCGCCUGGUUUAGCCCAAGCCCAGCGGCGGCGCCAUGGUGACGGAGCAGGAGGUGGAAGGCGUGGGGCAGACGCUGGUGGACCCCCAGAAGCCCCUGCAGGCCCGCUUCCGGGCCUUGUUCACACUGCGCGGGCUCGGGGGUCCAGCAGCCAUCUCCUGGAUCAGCCGGGCCUUCAGCGACGACUCGGCCCUGCUCAAGCACGAGCUGGCCUACUGCCUGGGCCAGAUGCAGGACUCGCGGGCCAUCCCCGUGCUGGUGGCCGUGCUGCGUGACACCCGCCAGGAGCCCAUGGUGCGCCACGAGGCAGGGGAGGCCCUGGGGGCCAUUGGGAACCCAGAGGUGCUGGAGAUCCUGAAGCAGUACUCCACCGACCCUGUCAUCGAGGUGGCAGAGACGUGCCAGCUGGCCGUCCGGCGGCUGGAGUGGCUGCAGCAGCACAGCGGGGAGCCGGUGGCUCAGGGGCCCUACCGCUCCGUGGAUCCGGCCCCAUCCGCCGAGGAACGCGACGUGGGGCAGCUGCGGGGGGCGCUGCUGGAUGAGGCCCGGCCGCUCUUCGACCGAUACCGAGCCAUGUUCGCCCUGCGCGACGCUGGCGGGGAGGAGGCUGCCCUGGCGCUGGCCGAGGGCCUGCGCUGCGGCAGUGCCCUCUUCCGCCACGAGAUCGGCUACGUCCUGGGCCAGCUGCAGCAUGAGGCGGCCGUGCCCCAGUUGGUGGCGGCCCUGGCGCGACCCACCGAGAACCCCAUGGUGCGGCACGAGUGCGCGGAGGCCCUGGGGGCCAUCGCCCGGCCUGCCUGCCUGGCCGCCCUGCGGGCCCACGCGGCAGACCCCGAGCGUGUGGUGCGGGAGAGCUGCGAGGUGGCCCUGGACAUGUACGAGUAUGAGACGGGGUCGGCCUUCCAGUACGCGGACGGGCUGGAGCACCUGCGCCCACCCUCCUCCUAGGGCCGCGCCCGGCUGUCUCCCUCGAGGACUCUGCCCAUAAACCGUGUUGGAAUGAA